CAGGUACGACGAGCUACGAGUUAAACCGAGAUCAAACGAGCAGAAAGAUCUAAGCGGCAGUUGAGCGCGGAACCUCGUGCUGUAGGUGUCGUGUGUUUAUCAGUGAUUACUAAGGAAACAAUACAAAAAACUCUUAAGUAAUUACAAUGGAUAACCAACAAGUAUGGGUCCGGGACCAGAAAGAAGGUUUCAUAAUCGGUAAAUUCACGGACAUGGUAGACGGUGACGCAUUAAUUGUUCCUCUUGAUCCGAAAUAUCCUCAACGCACGUGCCCACUCGACGAGGUAUAUCCAGCUGGAGAAUACACCAAAGACGUCGAAGACAAUUGUGCCCUGAUGUACCUGAAUGAGGCGACUCUCCUCAAUAACAUACGCACUCGCUACUUCAAGGACAAAAUAUACAGUUACGUAGCUAAUAUCCUUAUUGCCGUUAAUCCGUACUGUCCAGUUAAAGACCUGUACUCACGACAAACCAUAAAAGCUUAUCAAGGAAAAUCGCUGGGUGAAACACCUCCUCAUGUUUUUGCUAUCGCUGACAAGUCUUUUCGAGACAUGAAAGUGCUGAAACAAUCUCAAAGUAUUAUUGUGUCUGGUGAGUCAGGCGCAGGAAAAACAGAAUCAACUAAAUAUUUAUUGCGUUACCUUUGCGAUUUAUGGGGCUCAACUGCGGGUCCGAUUGAACAAAAAAUCCUCGAUGCAAACCCAGUACUAGAAGCGUUUGGUAACGCAAAAACAAAAAGAAACAACAACAGCUCUCGAUUUGGCAAAUUUAUGGAAGUUCAUUUUGACAACAAGUGUCAAGUAGUAGGUGGUUUUAUAUCCCACUAUCUCUUGGAAAAGUCCCGUAUAUGUUUGCAGAGCCCAGACGAGCGAAAUUAUCAUAUAUUUUACAUGAUGUGCGCGGGCGCUCCAGCAGAAUUGCGUUCAAAACUGGGCAUUACCAAACCCGACGACUUUCACUACCUAAAAAACGGAUGCAGUCAGUACUUUUGUAACGAAAAGUCCGAGAAGAAGCUCAAUGAAGCCCAAAAAUCACGGAACCACCUGGAGAAGGGAGGUCUUUCCGACCCAAUUCUCGAUGACGUCGACGGUUUUAGUACCGUUGAUCAGGCUUUCACUCGUCUCGGGCUCACUGAAGUCGAACGAAUGGAGAUCUACACGAUGGUAGCAGCUGUUCUCCACCUCGGCAACAUAGUCUUCGAGGACAAUCCCGAAGACACGCGUGGCGGCUGUAGAAUCGCCGGUAGCACCGCUAAGUCCGUCACAAUGUCCGCUAAGCUUCUAGGCGUCGACCCAGAAGAGCUCAAAGAAGCGCUGGUAUCAAAAGUAAUGCAAACAAGCCGCGGAGGAUACAAAGGAACUGUUAUCAUGGUUCCCUUGAAGAUAUACGAGGCAAACAAUGCCCGAGAUGCCCUCGCAAAAGCUAUCUACAGCAAAUUGUUCGACCACAUUGUCAUGCGCAUUAACAAGAGUAUUCCUUUCAAAGCUUCCAGCUACUAUAUUGGAGUUCUCGAUAUCGCUGGCUUUGAGUACUUCAAAGUCAACAGCUUCGAGCAGUUUUGCAUAAAUUACUGCAAUGAAAAACUCCAGCAGUUUUUUAACGAGCGAAUUCUUAAAUUUGAGCAAGAGUUGUACGCAAAAGAGUCGCUAAACAUCCCUAAAAUUUCUUACGUCGAUAAUCAAGACUGCAUUGACCUUAUCGAGGCUAAAAUGAACGGAAUAUUCAGUCUUUUAGACGAGGAAUCUAAAUUACCCACUCAGAGCUUCGCGCAUUUUACCAGUGAAGUUCAUCGCACCUGGAACGGUCACUUUAGAAUCACAUUGCCGCGAACUUCAAAGCUUAAAGCUCACCGCGAGCUAAGGGACGAUGAGGGCUUUGUUAUUCGACAUUUUGCUGGUGGCGUUUGCUACCAGACUAAUCAGUUUAUUGAGAAAAAUAACGACGCUUUGCACGCUUCGCUCGAAGGGUUGAUUCAGGAAAGCGGUAAUAAUUUUUUGCGCACCCAGUUCGCGAAUCACUCCGCGAGUCAAAAAGGCAAACUUACUUUUAUUAGUGUGGGUAGCAAGUUUAAAACACAGCUUGGUGAGCUUAUGGAUAAAUUAAAGAGUAAUGGAACUAAUUUCGUUCGCUGUAUUAAGCCUAAUAACGAGAUGGUCGAUCAUAGCUUUGAUGGCAGCAGUAUUCUCGGUCAAUUACGCUGUUCUGGUAUGACUUCAGUGCUUGAACUAAUGGAACACGGUUAUCCGAGUCGCGUUCCCUUUCAGGAGCUCUACAAUAUGUAUAAAUCGUAUCUUCCACCGGAGCUUGCUAAACUUGAGCCGAGAUUCUUUUGUGAGGCUCUCCUUCAGAGUUUGAAGCUUAAUAAUAAAGAUUUUAAGUUUGGUAUUACUAGGGUGUUUUUUAAGCCCGGAAAGUUUGCUGAGUUUGAUAGAAUCAUGAAGUCAGACCCGGAAAAUUUGAAGAAACUUGUUGCUGAAGUGAAAAAAUGGCUGCUUAAAUCGAGGUGGAAUAAAAUUCAGUUUUGUGCGCUCUCGGUUAUUAAGCUGAAAAAUAAGAUUAUUUAUCGGAGAAAUCAUCUUAUCGUGAUACAAAAAAAUGCUAGAAUGUUUAUUGCUAUGAAACAACACCAGCCGCGUAUCAAGGGGAUUAUGAAAAUAAAAAAUUUGAAAAGUCAAUUGAUAGAGAUGCAGGAGAUUGCUAAUCAAUUAAAAAGCGCUAGAGAUAAGAGUAUUGAAGAUAUUAAAAAUUUGCAGUUGGAAAUUGAUGUUGCAUUGAAGAAGAUUAAGAUGGAGCAAAAUAUAAAAAGUACGGAAAUAGAAAACCUGUAUACAAAAUUGAGGAUCGCUGUUAACAAUGAAAUGACCAACCUACAAGAUAAAGUACAGCAGCAAAAAGUAGAGGAACAGAAAUUACGUAAACUUCAAGCUGAGAUGGAGAUAGAGAGGAAAAAAAAGGCCGAGGAGUUAGCUAAGAAAAAAGAGGAGGAGGAGAAUAAAAAGAAGAAGAUGGACAUUGAAGCGAGAAGAAAAGCCGAAGAAGAACAAAGAAAGAGACUUGAAGAGGAAGAUCAAAAAGCAGCACUGAGUCUUCAGGCUCAAUUGGAGAAAGAAGCUAUGGAGGAGAGCCAUUAUCGGGAGCUCCUGGAACAGGAGCGACGAGACCAUGACUUGGCUGUGCGGCUGGCCCAGGAGUCUAAUGGACAAGUCGAGGACUCGCCUCCGCCUAUCAGGAAUGGCUCAGACGUGCGGGUAACUACGACAAACAACAACAGGCUCAACAGGUCGGAGCAAGUGAGAAAUCAUCAAGCGAUGAUGGCCAAUAAAAAGUACGAUCUGUCAAAAUGGAAGUACUCGGAAUUGCGUGACGCUAUCAAUACUUCUUGUGACAUUGAAUUACUCGAGGCGUGUCGUCACGAAUUUCAUCGUAGAUUGAAAGUGUACCACGCUUGGAAGGCGAGAAAUCGCAGACGUACUACAAUGGAUGAAAAUGAACGUGCUCCGAAGUCAAUUAUGGAAGCAGCUGCUAGAUCCUCACGUAAUCCACUGAAGCAUCAGAUAACAGAAACGUCACAACGUUACUUCCGUAUUCCAUUCGUGCGUCCCAACGCUGCAGGACAAACGGAAAAUCCUAACGCUGGAAGUAAGCGUGGGUGGUGGUACGCUCACUUUGAUGGACAGUACGUAGCAAGACAGAUGGAAUUACAUCCAGAUAAGCCUCCAAUUUUAUUGGUAGCAGGAGUUGACGAUAUGCAAAUGUGUGAAUUAAGCUUAGAAGAGACUGGUCUGACGAGAAAACGAGGCGCUGAAAUUCUUGAGCACGAAUUUAACCGCGAAUGGGAGCGACACGGUGGUAAACCUUACAUAAUUCCCGGUGAACGUAAGAAAUGAGUUAGGUAGAAAUUAUUAUCACGGUUUAUCGGUUUAAUAUAUAUAUAAAUAAAUAUAUACAUAUAUUUAAUAACAAUAGGUAUAUAAUAUCUUACUGUACACUUGAAACUUGGAAAUUUGUUCGUAUGAACAUAAUCUUAUUCAUUUAUACCUUUACUGUUUUUGCUUCAUCUUUAUCUUAUAUUUUUUGUUAUUAGAAUGACAAUUUAUACUGUCAAUUAUUUGCAACAAGGUUGUAUGUUCAUAUGAUAGAUUAAAAAUUUCAUGAAAAUUUA